CGAGUUGGGACGAGGGCGACACGGUCAGGAACGUAGAGAGCGAAGGGUGAGGAUUCCUAGGAACAUAUUUCGACAUCGCACUCGGUUAAGGAUGGCAGAUAUUCCCUCUCUGUCAGAGCCUCCAGUGUCGCCAGAACUGAGUGGCGACUUUAAGAAGCCAGCCCUGCCGGCGACCCCAGCAGUGCGGAGUAAGGCUCCGACCGCCAGUCCCGCAAACCUUGAGGAGGUGAAGAAGGAAUGGCCCACGGAGCCGCGAGACUCGGACUCUACGGAGCCUGACGUCCCGCCGCCUCGGCGGGACAGCGGAGAGACUAGGAGUGUCCAGGAAGAGCAGCUGCGUCCCCCCACCGCGGUUUCUUCCCCUGGCGGCCCGGCUCGAGCUCCCCCGUACCGAGAGCCGCCGUGGGGCAGCCCAGCCACGGCCCCCUAUAGCCUAGAGACCCUGAAGGGUGGCACCAUCCUGGGCACCCGUAGCUUAAAAGGGACAAGUUGCUACCUUUUUGGGAGGCUGUCUAGCUGCGACAUGUGCCUGGAGCACCCUUCGGUGUCUCGGUACCACGCGGUGCUCCAACACAGGACGUCCGACCCGGACGGAGAAUGCGACGGCCACGAGCAGGGCUUCUACCUCUACGAUCUGGGAAGUACCCAUGGCACGUUCCUCAAUAAAACUCGAAUCCCUCCCCGCACUUAUUGUCGAGUCCAUGUCGGGCACGUUUUCCGCUUUGGUGGUAGCACCCGGCUCUUUAUCCUGCAGGGACCAGAAGACGACCGAGAGGCAGAAUCCGAGUUAACAGUAACACAGUUGAAGGAACUGCGCAAGCAGCAACAGAUGUUGUUGGAGAAGAAGAUGCUAGGAGAAGAUUCGGAUGAAGAAGAGGACAUGGAUAACACGGAAAGGAAGAGGAAUACUAGUAACCAAGAUGAUGAGAUGGGUUGUACCUGGGGAAUGGGAGAAGAUGCUGUAGAGGAUGAUGCAGAAGAGAAUCCCAUUGUCUUAGAGUUUCAGCAGGAAAGGGAAGCCUUUUAUAUAAAGGACCCAAAAAAGGCUCUCCAAGGUUUCUUUGACCGAGAAGGAGAAGAACUAGAAUAUGAAUUUGAUGAACAGGGACAUAGCACUUGGCUCUGCAGGGUGAGAUUACCUGUGGAUGAUUCAACUGGGAAACAGCUGGUGGCUGAGGCCAUUCACUCAGGAAAGAAAAAAGAAGCAAUGAUUCAGUGCUCACUGGAAGCUUGCCGGAUCCUUGAUACUUUGGGAUUGCUGCGGCAGGAAGCAGUAUCUCGGAAAAGGAAAGCCAAGAACUGGGAAGAUGAAGAUUUUUAUGAUAGUGAUGAUGACACAUUCCUUGAUCGCACUGGCCUUGUGGAGAAGAAGCGUCUUAACCGAAUGAAGAAGGCUGGGAAGAUUGAUGAGAAGCCAGAGACCUUUGAAUCACUGGUUGCAAAGUUAAAUGAUGCUGAAAGGGAACUCUCUGAAAUUUCUGAGAGGCUCAAGUCCUCAAGCAAAGCUCUGUCAGAGUCCCCACCUCAGGAUUCUUUAGAUGCAUUCAUGUCAGAAAUGAAAUCAGGGAGUGCAUUAGAUGGUGUGUCCAGGAAGAAACUUCAUCUCAGAACUUUUGAACUGAGGAAAGAACAACAGAGGCUUAAAGGGUUAAUAAAAAUUGUAAAGCCAGCAGAGAUUCCAGAACUAAAAAAGACUGAAAGUCAGACUACAGAUACAGAAAAUAAAGCUAAGAAACUUACACUGCCUCUCUUUGGUGCCAUGAAAGGAGGAAGCAAAUUCAAGUUAAAAACUGGAACAGUAGGGAAAUUGCCCCCCAAGCGUCCAGAACUCCCUCCGGCUCUAAUGAGAAUGAAGGAUGAGCCUGAAGUAGAAGAGGAGGAGGAAGAAGAAGAUGAAGAAGAAGAGAAAGAAAAGGAGGAGCAUGAAGAGAAAAUGGAGGAUGGAAACAGCAGGUUGCCACAGGAGAUAGAGCCAGAAACUUCAGUGCAGGAAAUGAGUUCUCCCAUAGAUCUCACAUGUUCUAAGGAAACAAAAAACCAUGAAAACAUGUCUCAAAUCAGCCACAUGGAACAGAAUAAAAAUUAUCAAGAGAUUAAUGAAACAUCUUCAUCAUGCAAAGAACCAUCAGCACCAAAGAAUGAAUAUGAGAAAAGCAGAGAUGAAUUGAAGAAAAAGAAAGCUCCUGGUCCAGGCAAGUUUCCCCCAACACUUUCUUCUAAAUAUCCCGAAGAUGACCCAGACUACUGUGUGUGGGUUCCACCUGAAGGCCAAAGUGGAGAUGGCAGAACUCAUCUUAAUGACAAGUAUGGCUAUUGAUUACAUCAGAGUCCCAGAGGAAGAUCUUGUGGACUAUGUGACAUUGAGUAUUUGGAAUAAUAUGUGAAGUUGAAUGGCCAAAGAAGUUCAGAUGAUCUUAUGUAAAAUCUGGUGACUGACUUUUUCUUCCAUGCUCUUGGCUUCUUGAAUUUAUCUUGUUAUCCAGUUCUCCUGAUUUGGGUAUUUAUGUUUAAAAGUAUUUAUGUUUGUAUAUAUGUAUGUGUGUGUGUGUGUGUGUGUGUGUGUGUGUAUGAAGGGAACCAUAUAUCUUGAGAAAUAGUAAAGUGAGAAACAGGAUGCUAUUAUAAAAUGAAAAGUCAAAGUGCCCCUAAUACUGAUUUAAGAUGAUAGCCUGUUUGAUUUAAGAUUUAGGGACUGUGGGUUAGAGGUGUAACUUGUCUAACAUGCUUGAGGCCUCGGGUUCCAUCCCCAGAAACACAAUUUUUAAAAAAAGAUGGAGAAUUGUGCUUUCCUGAGUAUUAGGCUAUGUCUGGCAGUUAGGGUGUAGAAUUCACUAAUAUUGCUUCCUCAGAUAAUGUGAAAUAUGAAUAUUUCAUGGAUCUGACUCUGGAUGUCCUUGUCAUUCUUAGAACUAAAUUUAGAUUGACAGUGAAAGUUUCCUACUGCCUCCAACUCUAAUCCUCCCUCUACAUUUGAGAAUAGACCCUGACUUAUCAGGACAAAGUUAACCAUAGCACCAUCUCAUAUACUCAGGCCCCAGUCUGAUAAAAACUCAGCCCAUUGAAUAUCUUGGCUCUGACUAAUCAAUUAGUCAUCCUCCUCUUACAGAAGGGUGCAAAUAUUGUUAUGGAAUGAAAAGUUGAAUGUGUUCUGCCCGGUGUGUGUUUUCUCACCUCUAUGUUUUCUCUUCCUCUUGGGAACAAAGAAAUGUAAAAAGAUGUCUUACUCUACCCCUUUUCCCCAUGAUUAAUGCCUCACUUUACUUCCAUAGAUAGAAAGCGGGAAAGUGAAGGGAUGCAGCAAGGUAGAGAGCAUUUGGGUUAGGCUUAAGGCAGACAUUGGGGAGAAAUGCUCUGGCCCAGCCAGAGAGUGAAUGAGACUGGUUGCUUUCUUAUAAUGGAUUACGCAGUAUAUACAACAGUAGGCAGGAAGAAGUAAUGAGCCAUUCCAGUUACCAUGGCAGAUGGGGGAAGUUCUGGUCUACUAAAAGUAAGUCCUUCAUCUUUCAAAAGAGAGUGUUGGUAUGCUGAGAAACUUACUUUUGACUUCAUUCAGACCAAUAGGGAGAACUGAUUGAUGAUGUAAGAAGUGUCAGGAAUUUGGGGGCAGUGUUCGUGACAUUUGGAUUAAAACAAUGGACAGAGGUCUGAGGCACAUCAAUGGUCUUUGCAUAUGAAAGUCUAUUCAAACACAGUUGUAUGUGUGAGCCUAAUAUUUGAAUGGAGGAGAGGACGUGUGUAGUAGCUCCAAUCCCUGCACCUUCACUU